GCAGCUAAAGAGAAUACGUCUAUUACGACCUCAUCAUCGAUUCGGACAGCAAACCCGGAUGUUAGCCAGACCUCGACCAUAUUUUCGCUCAACUCGCUCACAAGAAAGCCACUGGGGCCGCGUCAGCCAAGUGUCCGUGCGCUGAAAAAUAAAGAGAAUGGACCAGCUGUAAAGAAUGUGAAUGGUCCUAAGACCGGGGCAGCAGCGAACCUCAAACACGCCAACGAAGAACGCAAAACCAGGGGUAGAGGCGCGUUAGCUGAUUUGACCGCAUCCUCGAGAAAUGCUAGCAGUAAUGGCACACAAGAUGUGGAUACACGAGUAGGGAAAGAUCAAGGAUUUAUCAAGGACGGGGCUAAGGACAAGGAGAAUAUACAAACUACACCAGCUCAUGCGGAUACGAAGACGGCAGGCAAC